AUGAAAAACGAAUCUACCAUCAUUGACGUCCCUGCAGAAUCCAGGUCAGCCAUGAAAGGAUCAGCACCACUAAUCGGUGAGGCCAGAGACCACACAACUAGUGGCUCAAGUGGAUACAAGAGAGGUCUCUCAAUCUUUGACUUCCUCCUCCGUUUAGCUGCCAUUAUUGCAGCAUCAGUAGCCGCUGGAACGAUGUUUACAAGCGACGAGACUCUUCCCUUCUUUACACAGUUCUUACAAUUCCAAGCUGGCUACGACGAUCUACCAACUUUCCAGUUCUUUGUGAUUGCCAUGUCCAUGAUUUCAGGAUACCUCGUCCUAUCUCUUCCUUUCUCCGUCGUCACCAUUGUUCGCCCUCUUGCCACAGCCCCAAGACUCCUCUUGCUUGUUUUAGACACUGCGGUUAUGGCGUUUAACAUGGCGGCUGCAUCAUCUGCGGCUGCGAUUGCGUAUCUAGCACACAAUGGAAACCAGAACACGAACUGGCUCCCUAUUUGCCAACAGUUUGAAGACUUUUGUCAGAAAACCAGUGGAGCUGUGGUCUCAUCCUUUGUCUCCGUAGUCUUUUUCGUCAUCCUCGUUGUUCUCUCCGGCGUUGCUCUCAAAAGGCAUUAAUCAAAAACAUGUUAUUGUAAAACUUAUUAUUGUCCUUGUGUAUGUUGUAUUGAUCUGUUUUUUUGUAAAAGGGAAAUGAAAGUGUUAUAUAUUGUAGUUGUGAAAAGAAAAAUCGAAAUGUUUUUCUUCAUCUUCUUUAAUCAAGAAAUUGUUUAG